AUGUAUGUUGAUAUUGGAAUAGAUUCUACUCUUCUGAUCUUCGAGGCCUUUGCGCCAUUCUUUGUUUCUCUAUUUGGACACAAUUGGCGGGGCCAUGGUUGGUUUGGUGACUAUUUCAUUAAAGCGUACCUUAUUUGUCGCGAUUAUUUAGAGCUACCGGAACAGAAUUUCAUCGAGACUGUUCUGGCAUAA